CAUGGAAUGCCUUUUAUCUUAUGCAUUCGAAACGGAACAGUCCAUUGUCAAGCAGCAAAACCAGCCCAAGUAAAUCAGUAGUUGAAAUAGAUUAUAGUGAUGAAAGUGAAAUUACUAGGACACAGACAUUUGGUAGAGUAACAGCAAGUGCUACUAAUACAGGAUCAAAAUAUGGCACCGAAAAGAGUUCAGCUAGAACAAAAAACAAUAUGUUGUUCAAUCUGCCUGGAUGUUAUAAAGGAUCCGGUGACCACACACUGUGGACAUAGUUAUUGUAUGAAUUGUAUCAAUACCCACUGGGAUGGAGAAGAUGCGAAGAGAGCAUACAGCUGCCCUCAGUGCAGACAGACUUCCUCACAGAGGCCUGUUUUGAUGAAAAACACCUUGUUAGCUGUUUUAGUUGAGGACUUGAAGGACUCAGGACUGCAAGCUGCACCUGCUGAUCACUGCUAUGCUGGAGCAGAAGAUGUCGCAUGUGAUGUUUGUACAGGGAGAAAACUAAAAGCUCAUAAAUCCUGUUUGGUUUGUUUGGCAUCCUAUUGUGAGGAACACCUUAAUCCACAUAAUGAAUCGCCUCCGUUUAAAAAACACAAGCUGGUGGACCCCUUCAGACAGCUCCAGGAGAACAUCUGCUCUCAACAUGAUGAGGUGAUGAAGAUGUUUUGCCGCACUGAUCAGCAGUGUAUCUGCUACCUCUGCCCUGUCAAUCAACAUAAAGGCCAUGACACAGUCUCAGCUGCAGCUGAGAGGAUGGAAAAGCAGCAAGACCUGGAGCUAAAUCGCAACAGAAUCCGACAGAAACUACAUGACAGAGAGAAAGAUGUAAAGAUGCUUGAUCAGGAGGAGAAAACUGUCAGCUGUUCUUCUGAUAAAGCAGUGGAGGACAGUGAGGUGAUCUUUGCUGAACUGAUUAAUUUCCUGGAGAAGAGAUGCUCCGAUGUACAGCAACAAAUCAGAUCCUAUCAGAAAACUGAAAUGCUCCGAGUGAAAGAGCUACAGGCACAACUGCAGCAGGAGAUCAUUGAGCUGAAAAGAAAAGAUGCCGAACUGUUGAAGCUCUCAUACAUAGAGGAUGACAAUCACUUUCUCCGCACAUGCUCAUCAAUGUCACCUACACAAUUAUCCAACACCAACAUUCAUCGUGUGACGUAUUUUGAGGAUGUUACAGCAGCAGUGUCACAGGUCAAAGGUCAAAUUCUAAACAUUCUAAAUGAGACAUGGACCAACAUACUACUAACAGCAAGUCCAGUACAACAUCGAGAGCCCAAGACCAGAGAUGAAUUUUUACAAUACUCGCAGGAAAUCACAAUGGACCCAAACACAGCGAAUUCGCAUCUGUUGUUAUCUGAAGGAAACAGAAAAGUAACUGCGAUGAGAGAAGAUCGGUCCUAUUGUAAUCACCCUGACAGAUUCAUUGAUUGGUGGCAGGUUUGCAGUGUGGAGAGUCUCACUGGACGUUCUUACUGGGAGGUGGAUUGGAGAGGAAAUGGACUUUUUGUAGCAGUCACAUACAGAAACGUUGGCAAAGGAAGGGAUCAUUGUGAAUUUGGAUUUGGACUAAAUGAAAGAUCUUGGGCUUUAAGUUGUUCUCCUGAUGGUUACAAUUUUUACCACAACAAUGUUAUUACAAAAGGUUUAGAUGGUUUGCCCCGCUCAAAAAUAGGAGUUUACAUGGAUCGUCAAGAGGGCAUAUUGUCUUUCUAUAGUGUUUCUGACACAAUGACACUCCUACACAAAGUCUGUACGACAUUCACACACCCUCUCCAUGUUGGAGUUAGGUUUGACCGUUACUAUCCAGGAACUACAGCUGAGUUUUGUAAACUCAAAGAGCAAUAAAUCGAGUAUGUGACAAAAAAAACCCCCAAAACAAACAAACAAAAAAACUUUAGACAAGACAGAGAUAAACAAAACUGAAGAAAACAGAUGAAACAGAGUCACUUCAUUUCUGACAUAACUGAAGUUAGAGUGCAAAAAUGUGCACACUUAACUUUUUGAACUUUUUUUAAUGGUUUAAUGGUAAUUAAUUAAUUAGUCAUCGUCACGGGAGUCACGGCACAACAUAUAAACACAAAAACUCGGGGAGAAAUCUCUAGCAGAUCCAGAGUCAGUGUUGCAGACUAAUGGGAGAGAGGACAUUGUCAUGGCUAUUGUCAUGACCCUAAUUCAUGUGUACUGAAAUUGUUUACUAAUUUCAUAAACAUCUGUUUGUUUAUGUCAACAGUAGAUGGUUGUGUUGUUGUAUAGAGAUUAACUGGACACAAUUACAAAGGCAAGAUACUUACAAGUUGAAAAUAACGGAUGGAAAAGACCCAUACGAAGUCAACAAAGCUGAGUGGAAGCGAGCGGACACUGAAAAUUAGCCAGACAAUGUAUAUAAUGCGGUAUUUAAUAACACAAUAAUACAGCUUGUUAAUGUAAAAAUCACAGUAGCAUGUACGGAUGUAUGUCUUUUGUGAACAUCAUUAGAAUAACAGUGUACAUGGAGAAUUUACGUUUGCAUUGUGUGCAUUUGUCAUGUA